AUGGAGACUUGGGACGUCUCGUGUAUUCCGCCGCUGGCUGGCAAGGUGGCGUGCGUCACGGGCGCCAACUCGGGCAUCGGCUUCGUCACCGCGCUGGAGUUGGCGCGCAAAAAGGCGCACGUGGUGCUCGCCUGUCGCAAUGCCGAGCGAGCGCAGAAGGCCGUGGACGCCAUCAAAGCCGAGCUGGAACCGGAAAAGGCGAGCGUGGAGUUCUUGCUGCUGGAUCUGAGCGACCUCAGCAGCGUUCGAGACUUUGCAGAGAAGUUCCAGGCCAAGUUCGACCGUCUGGAUAUUCUGGUGAACAACGGGGGCGUCCUGAUGCCCUCCCCGACGCACACGCCCGACGGACUGGAGAUGCAUUUCGCCGUGAACCACCUCGGUCACUUCUAUCUGACCAAGUUGCUCUUCGACCUCCUCAAACGCGGGGACGAGCCUUCGCGUGUUGUGAGUGUGAGCAGUGUAUCGCACAAGUGGUCGACGAUCGACCUGAAUACGUUCGCCAGGUCCACGCCCAAGCGGGCCUACCAGGAUGAAUACGGCAUGACCAAGCUGGCCAAUCUGCUGUUUACCUACGAGUUGCAUCGACGCGUUGUUGCCGCAGACUUGACCGACAAACUUAUCGUGGUGGCUGCGCAUCCAGGCAUCACCACGUCAGAUAUCGUGCCCAAGGCGUUCGAUACCUACCUGCCCUCGUGGUUGGCGGGAUUCAUGAAGAAAUUGCUCGACAUGCUGCACAUUAUGCAACCCACUGGGCGCGGAGCCAUCCCGUCUCUCUUCGCUGCAACGGACGCCUCAGUGGAAAGUGGAGACUACUUUGGCCCCGACGGAUUUCUUGAAAUCUGGGGCAAACACCCGGCCAAAACCGAGUCCAGCGCUGGAAGUCACUCGAUAGAAGACGCCGCCGGGCUCUGGACGCUGAGUGAAGACCUCACACGAUGCAAAUUCGAGGUGAGUAAGUGA